AUGGCUAACGAUCUUGAAGUUCACAAUGCCAUCGGCAAAGAUGUGAGCAAUCUUCGCUGCUGCGUGGCGUGCCACAGCGACGCAGACUCUCUCAAGAUGAAGGUAUUGAAUUGCUUGCACGCCAUGUGCGUCACGUGUCUCCGACAACAUUUGAGCAAUGACGGAACGGUGUCGUGCUUCAAAUGCCUGACUGUGGCAGCAUCAGGUAUGCCAGGAGUAAGACUGGAGGAAUCCCUAGCCGACUGGCCAGUUCAAAAGGUAGAGGUGAGAGGCAAGGCAAGUAGCGAGCUUCAAUCAUAUCAUUCAGAGAAACAGCUCGUAUGUCAAAGCCUAGAAUGCCAGGGAGAAUCUUCCCCGGCUACCUCGCUAUGUGUCGACUGUGGAUUAUACAUGUGUGAGGGACAUGAGAAAGUACAUUUGAUGAAGAGAAGCUGCUAUGGACACCAUCUCCAGUCAGUGCACACGAUGAGAACGGCAGCAGAGGGCGACACAGUACCCGAUUCAGAAUUCCUCCAUUGUAGCCUGCACCCACAUUUUCUAGCGAAAUCCUACUGCAAGAAAUGUGAACAGUUGAUAUGUCAGAGGUGCUCCGAGCAGCGUCAUGCUAGCUGUUCACCAAGUAUUGAAGAGAUUCCCACAGCAGCUGAAAGAAAACGAUCUCAGUGGAAGUCGCUGCUAAGUGAUUCUAGCGACUCGUGGAGAGAACACCUCAGUGACAUGAAUGUGCACAUUGCAACACGCACCGCAGAAAUCAAUGAGAAAGUGGAGGCAUUGUCAGAGAAAAUUGUAGCUGAUUUCAAUAUGCACAUCAAAAACCUGCAGCGCAGACAAGAAGAUCUUCUGAAUGAGCUGGACGCUCGGCGCUGGAAUGCACUGCAAGACCUGGAGAAGCAGUCCGGCAUAGUGGAAAAGAAAACCUUUCAACUGGAUUGCUGUGAGCAUCUCGUGCAGAAUCUCGGCAACAGUAAUCUCUUGACUGCAGAGAAGAUCCUGCAGACACAGAUCAAGGAUGUUGUCACCAGCAACGAGGAAGCUGAUAUCAGUGAUGAUCAUCGAGUGGAUGUUGAUUUCACUGUAUCCUACCGUGCAUUUGCAACGGAUGAUCAGGAGAAGAAGCGUACAUCACAGCUUGGACGUUUUGUCGACUCCGCCUUCCGCACAGAGUCAGUGAAGAAGAACACUUAUAUGUGGAGCGAGAAGUUAUUUGCAUAUUGUGCAAAUGUCAACAAAGUAGCGGAACUCACUGUUAUGUGCAACAUCUACUCUCCGGAGGUUAUAUGUUUGUGUGAAACAUGGUUGUCCCCUGCCAACCUCUUCUCAUUAGCAGGCUACACAGUUCAUCGACGGGAUCGUCCCACCUCUAAUAUUCGAUCGGCCAAUCCUACCAGAGGUUAUGGUGGGGUAGCCAUAUUGGUGAAAGAUGGCUCCUUUACAUCGGUGAAGCCUCUGGCGAAUCUUCAGCAACCGGGCUUGGAGGCCAUCUGGCUUGAGCUUCGCACAGCCAACUCACCCCAACGUCCACUCGUAGUCUGCGCCACCUACCGACCUCCUGGUGGUACCCUGGCGGAUAUUCAGGCAUAA